AUGAAAGAGGCAACCAAGGCACUGAAAGACUCUAAAACGGUACAGGAGGACGAGAUACAAGAACUGCGAGCGCUCCUUACAAAAACCAAAGCUGAGCUAAAGGAGGAGAGAGAUAAAGUUAUAGAGCAGGAAGAUUAUACUCGGCAAGAGGAUCUAAAAUUUCACAAUAUCCCAGAAUCAGAAGAAGACGGUGUUAACCACUCGCCGAAACAAGUUAUUCUCAGCAUUUUGCAAAGGGAGUUGCAAAUGGACACUGCACAAAUUCGAUUUCACGCAGUGCAUCGAAUUGGCAAGCGAAAAGAAAACAAACACAGACCGAUAAUUGCUCGCUUCGUUUGUGGAGAAGACAGAGAGCAGGUUUUGCCAGGAAGAAGGGGAUUGAAGAGAGCACAAGGUUCAAGGACGCUUACAUAA